CCUUGUCUCUUUCCUUUCCAUGUUUCAAAUUUGAGGCUUUGGUCAUCUAAGGCAAUGGAGGGUUGCCGUUGCUCUCUUCACUCAUCAGCUUUGACCCUUUUACCAUCUUCUUCCGCCAUUCCCAGACCUGGGCUCUCAGACAAACCUUUCUUACACAAUCACCUACUCAAGUUUCCCAAUUCCAAGAGAAACCCAAAUCUCAAAAGUUUCAAAUUCCUUCCUAUCACAGCUCAAGCUUCCGGGACAACAAAAUUCAGCUCAGAGACAUCUAAGGCAACUCCAAAGGACUCAAAAGAUGAGAACCUUGCAUUUGUUGCUGGUGCUACUGGUCGAGUAGGCUCACGAGCAGUGAGGGAGCUUUUGAAACUGGGGUUCCAAGUCAGAGCUGGUGUGAGGAGUGCUGAAAGAGCAAAACCUCUAGUAGAAAGUGUAAAACAAAUGAAGAUGGAAAAUGCAGGUGGAGAAACUCAACCUGUAGAAAAGCUUGAAAUCGUGCAAUGUGACUUAGAGAAAAAAGAUCAGAUUGUACGAGCAUUAGGCAAUGCAUCUGUGGUUCUCUGCUGCAUUGGUGCAAGUGAGAAGGAAGUUUUUGAUAUUUCCGGACCAUAUCAUAUUGAUUAUCUGGCGACCAAAAAUCUUGUUGAGGCAGCAACUGUUGCAAAAGUGGACCACUUCAUUUUGCUAACAUCUCUGGGAACAAACAAGGUUGGAUUUCCCGCUGCUAUUCUAAAUUUAUUUUGGGGAGUGCUACUAUGGAAAAGGAAGGCAGAGGAAGCUCUGAUAGCCAGUGGAAUUCCCUAUACGAUAGUGAGACCUGGUGGAAUGGAAAGGCCUACUGAUGCUUUCAAGGAAACACAUAAUAUUACACUCUCACAGCAAGAUAUGCUGUUUGGUGGGUUGGUGUCAAAUCUCCAGGUGGCAGAGCUCAUGGCAAGCAUGGCUAAAAAUCGUGAUCUGUCAUACUGCAAAGUAGUGGAAGUGGUUGCAGAGACGACUGCUCCAUUGACUCCCAUGGAAGAACUUCUAAGAAAGAUACCAUCUGACAGAGCUGGCUCAUUCCCACCUAAGGAAUCAAGUGCAGUGGUGGAGCCUGAUUUAGCACCUUCUAAGUCUGAGGAGCCAAAAUCUUCUUCUGGGAAGGAACCUGUAAAAGCAGACCAAAUUGCACCACAACCACUGUCUCCUUAUACUGCCUAUGAAGAUUUGAAGCCACCUAGCUCUCCAAGCCCAACACCCAGUGGCCACAAAAAAAAUCCUUUAGAUGAAUCAAAAUUAAGUGAGCUUGCUUCACCAUCUUCUGAAGGCAACGAGGCUGCAAAGCUUGUGAUAGAUAGUGUUGCUGAAAAUGGUCCUCCCAAGAUUUCAUCUUAUUAUCUUUCACCAUACCCUGCAUAUGAUGACCUGAAGCCUCCCACAUCACCAUCUCCAAGUACUCCAAAUGUAACGGUCUCCUCAACACCAUUGGCUGUGGAUAGUACCGCAUCAGCAGGGAGCUCAGUGCAAGUUCCUGCUGAAGAUAAGACAAAGAUCAAGGAACAGGAUCAUGCCAAACCAAAGCCAAGACCACUAUCACCUUUUACCAUGUAUGAAGACUUGAAGCCCCCUGUUUCCCCAUCGCCAUCUUCACCGUCUUUCAAGUAAAUUCUAGGUCAUCAUUUAAUGAGAAUCAUUGAAGAAAACAAUAAUGCCUGAAUAAGGAGGUUACUCAUAUCUAUGAAGAGGAAAGCAAAUGAAGUUGCGGCAGUUAUGAGAAUAUUCAUAUUGUAUGUUAUAUAGCUCUAAAUAUUUCUUUUCACUUCAUUUCUGAGUCAUUUUUCUUAAUAAGUUGUGAAAGUUUGUAUAACAUUACCGGAUUAGGUGUUGUGGACAUCUCUACAGUUACGAUGUCUGAAUUCUUGAAUUUGUCAUGUAAUAAAUACAAGGAUGACUCCACUUGAAUUAUAGCCAUUUUAUCAAAGCGGUUUUUUU